UGUAUCAGAAAAUGUAUUUAAAAUUUGGAGUGAUUUUUUGGCCAUUUUUGGAAAAACCAUUACAUGUACAGAGUAUAAUGGGCUUAGUUGGAUUUAGUAUCCGGAUCAGAGUACGGAGAAGACUGGGAGUAUAUGGAGGUGUGGCUUGUGAGUUAACUUAUCAUGGAUUUGUGGAUUGGUCUUUCUUGUAUCUCCAGUUUAUUAGUGUGUUUAACUGUCAUUAUUAUCAUUAGCAUAUUAGUCACUGAUGGUGUGUCUGGUUUACUGUCUGUACUCCUUCGUGCUAUACUCUACCUCCCUGGAAUGAAAGCACUUGUGUCCCUGUAUCUCAAAAAAGAAGUUAGGGGGUUUCUGAAUAAGCUUGGUAUAUCCAAAGGGUCAGGAAUAAGCAGCAGGAUCCUAGCUAUACCUGAAAAAGGUCUAGCUAAUGAGAAACUCCUGGAGGAGCUUCAAAGGAGGAAGGCUGCAGACUUCAACCCUGACAGCGGAAAAGGAUUUGCAUAUGUAUACACUGUUCACAACCAGCAGUUUCAAACUGUUCAGAAAGCAUUUGAUCUAUUUCAGUUCAAUGCUGAAGACACAUCAGCAACAGAUUUAAAAGAAAAUAUUUCUGUUGUUUUUUUUCGUUCGUUUCUUCACGAAAAUGCACUUAAUCCAAUGGUGUUUCCCAGUUUGAGACUGUUUGAGGUUGAAGUGGUUGCCAUGACAGCAUGGAUGCUGAAUGGUCCCAAAGGUGUCGUUGGUAACAUUACUAGUGGAGGGACUGAGAGCAUUCUAAUGGCCGUUAAAACCUACAGGGACAGAGCAAGGGCACUCAAUCCUUCUAUAAAACAACCCGAAAUGGUAGCACCUGUCACUGUCCAUCCAGCGUUUGAAAAGGCAGCUGCUUAUUUUGAUGUUAAAGUUAUACAUGUACCAAUCAGUGACAGUGAUUAUAGAGUUGAUAUUAAUAAAUACAAAAAGUGUAUAAAUAGUAACACAAUAUUGUUGAUUGGUUCAGCUCCAGAGUAUUGUCAUGGUAUUAUUGAUCCGAUUCCUGAAUUAUCCAAACUAGCUCUGACCUAUGGACUACCACUUCAUGUUGAUGCCUGUUUUGGUGGAUUCAUGUUACCAUGGGUGGAGAAGCUUGGAUACAACAUCAAACCAUUUGAUUUUAGACUCGGAGGUGUCACCUCGAUCUCAGCUGAUGUACAUAAGUAUGGCCUUGGCCCUAAGGGUGCCAGUGUUGUCCUGUAUAGAUCGUCAGAAAUUAGGAAGUACCAGGUCUUUGCAUACACUGACUGGCCCGGGGGUUUGUUUGGGUCCCCCAGCAUGUCCGGUACACGUCCUGGAGGAAAUAUUGCUUCUUCUUGGGCGGCCAUUAUGUCCCUGGGACAAGAGGGAUACUUGAGUGUAGCUGAAAGACUUAUGAAUGUUACACUCUCCAUGAAAGAAGGAAUCAGAUCAGUACCAGAGUUGUCUUUAUGCGGAGAAUCAGAUAUGACAGCAUUUGCUUUUACCAGCAGUAGUGUCAGUGUGUUUGCUGUAGCUGACGUGAUGGAGGGGAAAGGUUGGAAGAUGGAGCGUGGGUCUACUUGUAUACACUGUACUGUAUUACCAUCUCAUAAUAAUGAGAUUGCUAAAGAAUUUAUUAAUAACCUUAAGGAAUCAGUAUCUAUUGUAAAGGCUAAUCCCAGUCUUGCUAAUAAAGGCAGUGCUGGUGUGUAUGGUAUGGCUGGGAAGAUUCCUGAAAGAGGAUUAGUUAAAGAUUUUGUAGUUGAGUUCUUUAAUGAAAUUUAUACGCUAUAAUGUUAGCUGCUGUCUCUCUUUACUGUUUGUUUUGCCUUUGGUAUUCCAUCCAAACUUGAUAGUCUUUAGGGACAAUAUAAAUGACACUGUUAAUGA